GGAUCAGAUGUGGUUAAGACCAGUGGUUUGUGCUACUUAAAGGCAGCGUCUUGAAAGAGUCCUGCUUUGAUCCUGGAUAAGGCGAGAUGAGUUUCUUCUCGUCGCUCCAACAGAUGGUGAGCAGCGGAGUGGCGAACCUGAGCCUUUCGCCGAAACGCCAUUCGAUUUCGAAAGAGUCGGGAGGAAGCGGGCCGCCGCCCCCGGUUGGAGCGAACGAAGCUCGUUCCGCCUCCAUUCCCGGCUUCCCCCGGCUCAUACCGCCCCAUCCGGCGGCCGCCCCCGUCCGGAGGAAGACGAUAGACCAAUCGUCGACAAGGCGAUCUUUCAAAGGGAACCAGGAACCUCCCGGGUCGAGGCAGCCGCUCGUCUUCUGCAGAAGGAGGCUCUCAUGGCCGGAAGUCGACCUCCAAGCGACCUCUGGAGUCCAGGAGACUGAUGGCUCGUUUUUCGAAAGUUACACGGCCGUUUCAUGGAAACUGGAAAACAGGAGGCUCAUGCGGGUCCGCGAAGUCGACGGCGAAGAAGUCUGCCCACCGAGGCCGGAUAACCUCCGGCACACGACCAGCCUCCAUCCGAAAGAGAUGGAGCAGCUGUACGUCGAGGUGCUGUACACCAUCACGAAUAAGGUCGGGGCGGCUUCCAGCCAGUACUACCAGGAAGACCUCUUCGGCUACGCCCAGAGGGCGUUCGGCGUUGGCUCCGAACAACACCGAAGGGCUAUUUCCAUCGCUUCCGAGGAAAAACCGCCGAUCGUUGUGUUGAAUGUGAUAGUCUUGGAAGCUGAAGGCCUGGAAGCGAAAGACGCAAAUGGGUACAGUGACCCGUACUGCUUGGUCGGCGUCGUCCCAGGUGCCUACGCCUCGACUAUCUUAAGAAGGACUUCAAGCACACAAUCAGACCCUUCACAAGAUGAAGUACAAACGAUCAAGAGCCCAGUCGCCCUGAUCGCCUCGAUGAUUGGUUUUUCAGAUCCGUACUGCAUGCUUGGCAUCCAGCCGGGGGCGAUGGCCUCGCCUCCUCCGCCGAGCCCUUGCCCCCGAAUGGCGGCCUCUCGGGCCAUGUCCGAAGGCGGUCUGGAUCCUCCGGAAAAGCCGGAACAGCACCAUGACAAACUGCGUAAGCACCACAGCUUCCGGCUCAGCUUCAAAAGGAAAGACCGGAGGGAGCACAGGGACAGCAUCUCCUCCGCGGUCCCCGCAAAGUUCAUUAGGGCCACUUCCGUCCGACCGCAGACCCUCAAUCCAAGGUGGAAUGAAAAAUUCCGAUUCGACAUAGACGAUGUGACAACCGACAUACUUCACCUCGAUAUUUGGGAUCAUGACGACGAGUCUUCCGUUUUCGACGCAGUGUCUAAGUUGAACGAAGUCAGGGGCGUUAAAGGCCUCGGAAGGUUUUUCAAACAGAUAGCCCAGAGCGCCAGGUCAGGAUCGCAAGAUGAUUUUUUAGGCUGUGUCAACGUACCUCUACAGGAUAUACCCGCAACCGGCCUGGACUGCUGGUACAAGCUUGAAGCUAGGACUCAGAGAUCGAACAUCCAAGGCCGGAUACGUUUAAAACUCUGGCUCUCGACCCGAGAAGACAGAGGCACGUCUGAGGAGGACAACUGGGAAGACAUGAGACAACAGGUCAAACUCACGACCGUAUUCGCAAACUACGAGAUGUCCCGUUCACAAUCCAAAAUUUGGACGGGGGAACUACCGCACGUCGCCCUUUCUAUUUUACACCAGCACGCCAUACAAGGCGAUCUCACUGAUCUCCAGGUAUCCGCAGUACGGUGGAUCGCCUAUUCUGCUUUGAACGGGGUCGAACCGCAAGUUUUGGCCAGACUCCUUUCCAAUUUGGAACACGCCUGGCCGCACGAAGCACUCACUCGUCAAGAGGAGGAGUAUCUUGCUGAAUCUUUCAACACGUUUUUGGAGUACGCGUUUCAGCUGAUUAAAAACCACAGGACGUACUUUCCUCAUUAUCACAGGCCUUCCAUGAACAGACUGGAAAACCUGCUCAGAUGUCUCGGGCUUCUGGCGAAUAUGAAAGCUUUCUGGAAAUGCUGCCCUUUUAACAAGGAGAUUAGGGGAGAGAUUAUCACCUCUUUAAAGAAAGGAACAUUAGACUGGUACGAGGAAGUUCACAGAAAUAUCUCCGUAGCUCGAGCAGACCCGGAUUCAAGGAUACAAGGACUCGUCAAACUCAUCACGGCUCUGAUUGUUGACUUGCAGAAAGGAAUCGACCAUUACAAUCCUAUGUUCGAAAGCACGAACGGAGUUCCCUACUUUAGCGCUAUCUACAAACAACUUGAAAAAUUGUUGGCAAGAGAGUUGACAAGGAACCUGGAUUUGAUCGAGGUGACGAACGACCUAGGCCCAGAGAUCCACAAUCUUUGCCAGCAGAUAGUCAUGCCGGAAGUAGGAGACGAGGCCCCGGUCAUGCCACCGGGAGUGGAAAUGGCCACAUCCAUUUUCGAACUUUACCUCUCUAUUCAAGAAUUCGCCAGCUUUAGGGAAAGCCUGCCGGACAAGAAAUCCCUCGCGGUUCAUCUGUAUUACCAAUGGUUCGAACCCGCUGUCGACAAAUGGCUAGAUCUCGCUAAAUUCAGGGCGAUGAAUAGGAUCAAAAAAGCUGCUGAGCUCAAUAGAUUCUGCUCGGGGGACUACAUCGUCAAGCACAGCACGUCGGCGGUUGACACGUCGGCCUGUUUCUACCAGAUGAAGGAAUUCUGGAAGCAGCUCGCCUGGCCUGACCUAGUCGGGUCUUACAACCUACUUUAUAAACUUAUAGACAGUAUAUCGAGUGGAGCGAUAUAUUACAGUCAGAUAACACAACAAAAACUGCAGGACACUGGUUAUUACGAAGACACGGGACCGUUUAAAACAACUGAUGAGAUGUGCGUUGCGAUGAACGAUUUGGAAUAUGUGAGAAGGACGAUCAGCCUGAUUCCGGACGAAGUUGGCAUGGAGACGGUCUUGGAAGCUGUUGAAGCCGCUGCAGGUCCGGGCGUUAAAAAAGACCAGUGGAGAAAAGCCAUUACUGCCAUCCUCGACCAAGCUGUCAACCAGCUAGAAGCUGACAUCACGAUGGUCAUCACUCGUCUCGGAGUCAAGAUGUGCUCACCGUUGAAGAAAGCAAUGUUUCACCUUGCUUGGUCGCCAGACUCCCUGCCGACGGAAGACGCGAUCAACCCCCUUCUUGAAUACCUGGACACACACCUGCUGGAUUUGAACGCGGCCCUUCUACCGAAGAACUUUGAACGGGUCCUUUCUGCGGUUUGGGACGUCUGCUUGCUACAGCUUGGCCAUCAGAUGGACGGCAGCGCUGUCGACCGCAUGGCCGGCUUCUACGACCGUCUCUACGACGCACUGGACAUCCUCGUCGACUUUUUUCACGCCGACGGAAAAGGACUCACACUCGAAAACAUCAAGCUAGAAAACUACAGGGCCGUCGAGCAAAGACUGCAAUACCACAAGACUGAGACGGAACAGCUCAUCAACCUCUACUACACCGAGAGGCUGUUCAAGCAGAUAUCCGUCGACAGCACUGAGUACGGCGUACUUUCCGUUCGAGCCUACUUCCACCACGACAGCCUCUGCGUCGAAGUGCUCAACGCCAGAGACGUCAUCCCUCUCGAUCCAAACGGUUUCAGCGAUCCUUUUGUGAUAGUGGAACUCCUCCCGAAAUGCGUCUUCCCACAUUGCACGGAACAAGAGACCAAAGUACAAAAAAAGACGUUAAAUCCUUAUUUCGACGAAUGUUUUGAGUUCUCGGUGACGCUUGACCAGUGUAAAUCAGAAGGAGCUAUGAUUUGCUUUACAGUCAUGGAUCAUGAUGUUCUCACUGCGAAUGAUUUCGCCGGUGAGUGUUUCCUCUCGCUUUCGAGCAUCCCCGGCGUGUCGAGCUCCGCUUCCGCCGACAACUUCCACGGACUCAAACUUAUCGAACUGCCUCUCAUGCAGCAGAAGGACAAAAACCACCCUAUUCUGAAGACCCUCGAGACGAGGACGUGGGACAAGCAAGCGCUCGAUUUCGUGAAGAAGCAGAAGCUGAGGAUGGCCACCUCAUAGUGGCAUAGGGAAGCGAGAAGAUCGAGGGCAGGGAGGGCGAAAAGACUCCUCACAGCCUGCUGCGCCGGCAGUAUUUAACAACCAAAACAAUACACAAAAAAAAUUAUAUCUUUCGCUGUAGCACGACUCUCACGGUAAUUACAAUGAUGGUUGUAAAUAUUUUUAUAACGCUUGUAGAUGUCGUCGCCCCGGUGGACUGGCUCGUUUUAUAAAGCGCGCUGCAAUUAGCAUUGUCGUUAGCUUUUCAUAGCUUUCCUCUAAAUUUGAGAAAUUUUAGAAUCGGCAAAAACGGGUCUAGCCGCGCUUACGUAAAAUUUAAACGUAUCGUAUUUUCCGAAGACAUUUUAAAAAUAUAAUACAUAAAACAAUAACACCUUCAACAAUGGCCUAAAUAAUACAGUUUAUAAAGGAUAACUUUACAAAUUAGAAAAUAAAUAUUUCCAGCCAUUCUAAUUCAUUCAUGAUUUUUGGGCUUCCGUGGCCCUUUCUCUCUAUCACUGUAAGGUAUAUAGCUAGCUGUAGAUGUACUAUACUGCGCCAUUUAAGAACUGUUGCAUCCCUCGUUCUCUGACUAUAGUCCUAUAGUCAUCAAAGAGUCCUAGUUCAUCAAGGAAUGUGAUAGAUGCCCCGGUUUCAGUGGUUGAAUCUUUUCUACGGUUACAUUCUACUCCGGAAGCACUUUCUCCUGCGAGCAGUGUAACACCACAAUUAGUUAUUAUGUGUGUUGUGUUCCCUCUGAUUGUUUGCAGAUUGUGCACUUUCCGUGAUGGGUUAUGCCAAUCUUCUUCAGAUCUCCAUUUAGUUUGCAGUGACCUGUUAUGAAUUCUGAUAAGGUUCGCAGUUUUUUCCUGCUUCCAUGAAUGCACUCUGUUACGUCCAAGAGUGAAUUCCAUUAUUCCUUUAUUUGAUUUUAACCCUUCUGUCUGACUUGCUCAUUGAUAGUGUGGAUUCCUAUGCCUCACAAGGGCUUGGGUCCUAUCAGCGUAUAGUAGCCCAUUUUCUUGUAAUCCACUUUCUUGUAGCCUUCUACUCUCACAUGUCCUUGUUUUGCAGACCUAAUUAGUUUAGUUCUGCAAUGAGCACCAUUUUUGAGCUAAUGAUAAUCUGCUUGGCUAUCUGACAUUAUAGCUAUAUUCUUGUUUUUGAACCCUUUAAUUGGGUACAUCUCCCUGGUACUGGGGUAUUUUCCCAUGGGUUCAGGACCGAAUACUCCGGCCCGUCUGGAACCAGUUUAUGGUGCCAUUCUUAAAAAAGGUAUUUCUUCUCUAUCCCAUACUUUUGUACCUAAGAUUAUUUAAAAUUUUUAGUAAACUUAAACAUCCAGAUAUAUCUCUUGGCCAUGGAGAGGUCAUUCAUUAAAGUGUUGGUCCAUCUCUAAUCUCUCCAUUUUAGAUUUAUUCCUAGUCUUUUGAUUCCUAUUGAAGGUUUCUGUUUUAUAACACUAAUGAUAUUUUUCUGUGCUGUUCUCAUUAUCAUGUGAGGGAGGCGGAGUAAUCCCAGUCCGUUGUCCAUGCCGGCUGUGGGACGUUUCUCAUUGCUCUCCUAUACAGAGGCAUGCAAGUCCCUGUAUUUUUGUGAGUUAUCUUAUAUUUUGUCGUUUAUUCCACUUUUUACAUCAACAUCUACAAGGUAAAGCUUCCGACAUGUUUUUGGUUUUUUUUCAACAACCACGACACCCUUAAGGGUACAUGAGUAUAAUCACGUUGCUGAAAUACCUGCUAAAAAAUUUCAUUUUAAAAUUUCAUAGAGCUGUAUUUUUUUAAUUACACUCUAACGUCGAUGUCGUUUACCAAUAACUUUUUCCAUAUAGAAUGGACAGUGUAUCAGCUUGUGGUCAUCUGAGUGAUUUUUGUCAAUUACCAAGCUUUCUGCCUAAAUUUGGCCUUCCUCGGAGCUAAAAUAGAAUGUCGUUUUGUAAAUUACAAUAUUUUACGCCUAUUUCAAAUAAAAUGCGUUUCCAUAGAAAGUACAGGUGUAAAUGAUUCGCGAUUGACAUAAAAAAAUCUAGAAUAAUGAUUUUUCGAAAUGGAGGUAGGCUGUCAUCAUCAGAAAGUGAUUUUUAGGAGGAGAAAAAAUAGAAAUCGUAGAAAUAUAUGUAUCUAAAAAUUGUUUUCAUCCCCCGUCUCUUUUUUAAUCAUGUAUUACAAAAACAAUAGCCACUACCAAAUUAAGUUUAAAUGAAGCCUGGACAAAGUUUAAUGUUAACAAAGAUAUUCUCUUGUAUGUUAAAAAUCAUAUAUUUUAACCAUCUUUCUAUCUUCAUGCUCAGUUGUCUAUUAUGGUGCUCAAAUCUUGGGUUUACAGCAAAAUGAGAUACAUGAAACUUUUUUUACAACCCCAAACUUUAUUUUGGCCAAUGAAACUAAAAUACUGUUCGAAGUCUCUAUCUCUUCUAGGUUUCCGUUUUUUUCCAAAAAUUACUGCGCAUCAUGAACUAGAAAAAACCUUCUGGUGUAAAAAGAGGAUAUCACUAUCCCUAAAAAAAUUUAAUUUCUUGUACUUCUGAACGUAUGUCUUUAUUUAUUCAGAAAUCGUGAGAU